GUUCUAAGGGUUGUAAAUCAAUCCGAGUUUUAUUUCCUUGAUUGGGGUUACUAAUAAAAGGUCGUGAAUGCUUCGCAAAAAGCGUUCAUUCGUGACUCUUAACGAUGAUCAUUAAGUCAUUCUUCGUUUUCUCUGUUGCCCUGGUCUUUUUUAGAGGAUCUGAAUGUGCGGAUGAAGUAAGUCAAUUCCAUUCGGAGGCUCUUUUGUACGCUCCUCGUCUCCGUUUCGACUCUAAAACUGGCGACACGCUCGGUCAGUGCCUUCCGGGUAGUGCAGAGGAUUAUUUUAGUUUACGUCAAAAUGGCUUCACCGGAAGAAUUUGCAACAUGGACUACAUUAGCAUUUUAGAUGGUCGCAUACCGGCUUAUUACGAAGCUGCCCAAUGUGGCAGUGAUUUGAUCAUUUCUUAUUGGUAUUUCUACGGCUACAAGGACGAUUGCCCAAUGCUACCAGGGGAUCCAGGCGACGACGUCAACUGGGGGCGUUACGUUGUCAAGGUGUUGAAUGGCAAUCAAGUCGAUCGUGUCACGUUCUACCAGCACGAAGGUUGGUACACUCGUAAUCCUGGCCGUUACGAAGUGUUUGAGUCCACACAUCCCGUUGCGUAUGUUGGAAAGUUACGUCAGGGAACUUACCACGAUGACGGUGGCUCGGGUACUUGCUGCUAUUUUGAAGACUACCGCAAUCCAGGAUCACAGGAUAGGCAUAUGGAUAGCUGGAAUAAUUUAGUUUGGUUGCGAAAUAAUGGCAGUACCACUCCAGAAUGGAUGACCAACAACGAUCCUUACUAUUGGAAUGGAGUUUCUUUGCCGCAUUUAAGAGGUGAAAAUUUGUGUGAUCUUCGAGGCUGUGAAGGCGGCAAUCUUCAAACUUGUGACACUUGCGGCUGCCAUAAAUCAGACGUACCUGACGAUCAACGUCCAUAAUUUACCUCGGCACUCUGCCGAGUUUUGGAGGAAAAGAUUGAUUGCAAAGAAUUCGUUAAUCAGCACCUACAAUAGUCAUGUACUAACCAAGCAAAUAAAGGCCAUUUAAGAUUUUAA